UUGUACGGCUACCAAAUGAUUGUAUUAUCUCUCCAAAUCGGUGAAGUUUUGCUCGCUAAAAAUGAUGAUUUGUUUGAGUUUUCUUGGGCCAUGGUGAAGCUUUCUACCAUAUUCGUGUCAGGCAUGAAAGUGUUCAUAAUAAUCCAUUCCAAGAAAGCCAUUGAGAGUUUAAGGAAUUUUAUCAUCAGUGACCGAGUGUUCUCUGGGGACGAUUCCUACGACGUCAUACAAGAAAAGAAAUACAAACAGACUGCUCGAACAGCGUUACGAGUUACCUAUUGUAUAAUAAUAAUCGAUGUAGUGCUGCUUUCGAUCCCUUAUGCUGGUUCCGAAUCAUUUCUGGAGUUGCCUUCACUGUUCAUUUCCUUUGGGAAACAUUUCAAACAAAUUUCAAGGUUUUUCGCUGUUUCCCUAUUGUCCUUAGGAUUUCUUCCUAGGAUUUUGAGCAGUAUUAUUUAUAUUGGUACGCUUUUCAUGGGAAUGCGAGCAAAAUAUAUGAUUUUGGCCCAUCGGUACGGUCUCAUUUUGCAUCGAUAUUCCCAGAAUCCGGAUGCUGACUUUGAAAUAAUGAAUUCCGAACUACAAGACGCCUUGACGCAAGAACUUGAAUUUCUAAGCCAUUUCAAGAUACUGAAGAGCUUGGUAGAAAAAGCACUUUUCUUAACACAUUGUUAUUCAAUUUGGAGCAUUGGCGCGUUGUAUUACCUAUCACGAAGCAUUGAAAUGAGCGCCCUUUCGGUCUGCAUAGUAGUGACUACGUCCGUCAUGUUGUUGGAAUACCAUUUUUGGUGUCACCUGGCUGACACUCUGCAAGAAGUGGCAGAAUCGAUCGGAAAUACGAUUUACGAGCUUUGCUCUCGGAUGCAGCACCGUCGGGAGUAUCAUGCGCAGUAUGUUAACAUGAGAACGUCCUUGAUGAUAAUAUGGAUCAACUGUUGUGGAGGCCAGCUGUCUAUGGAUUGCUACGGAUUGUUUGAAAUUUCCACAUCGGCAUUCGUCAAUUUGCUACAUACAUCUUAUUCGGUCAUGAUGUUUAUGAUGAGUAUUGACUAAAACUAAUGCUAAAAGAAGUUGAACAUGAAAAAUGAUAGCAUUUAGAGGCCAAACGGUACUUGUAGAAAACAUAUUGAGUUACUGUGUUCACAUUAUGACAAGUGAUAAUAUUUUCGAACUUUUGCUUGUUGCACUUAGCUCGCUUAUUGAAAGACUUCACCUAGUCGGACUUAAAUUUUAGCUGGCAAAUAAUCUCUAACAAUAAAAUUCAAUAUAACCUGUAUUUCACGAAAAACCGAAACUUUAGACUUCGUUUUACGUAGCGGGCAAUGAACGAAAUUCAGCUGCACUGUUAGUUGAGUUCGAGUAUUUGUAAGCAAUGUUAUAAAGAAUGAAG